AUUUGUUUUUAUUUUGACGUACUAAAAAUAAAAACAAGUGCUACGUUAUCUUAGAACACUAGUAGAUGUUUACUGGUGCAAAUGACUCCUCCCACAAGCAGCAAUAAUAAAAUUAAAUCAGUUCAUCAUGAUUUACCAGCAUAUAUUUCUUUCUACAACAGGGCUAAUUUCCCAGUAGAUAUUGUAUGGAUUGAUUAUAGAGGAGAUUAUGCGAGGUACUGGCAAAGAUUGCAACCUGGGGAAUAUCACAACCUGGACACAUAUGUUACACAUCCAUGGAUAGCUUGGAACUCUGACACGUUGGAAAAUGCUCGCAUUAAUAACAGUAAAGUCUUUUAUCCUGAGCCUUACAAUGGAGGAAAUCAGAGAACUAUCGUAUAUAUUGAUAGGCCCAUGCAAUCUUUAUUAGACAUUUGUCUGCAAACUGUUCGCCUUCUUGUCGAUACUGACAAGAUAGAGGAGCUAGAAAUUCCACUCUACUUGAUUGAAAGACUUAAAAAGAGGAGAAAUGUCAUUGUAAAGGAUGUUCUCAGAAGGAGGAGAUGAGGGGCAACAUGGGCAAGAGAGACUGGCCUUUGUAUAUUUGAUUGUUAGUGUUAGGCCUGAAACAAACAGCAGUUUAUCUUCUAGAAUUAAGAUUAGUUAUAGGUCUAAGUUUAGAUUAGAAUUAGGCUUAAAAUGAGGUAGUGGUCUAGGUCUUGGGUUAGGUUUGGAUUAAGCAUUGUUAUCAUUAUUGCCAAUUCAAAGAAUGAAAUUAUAUCUUUUAUUGGUUUUAGUCAUAGCACGUAGAUAGGCCCACUUCAUCUAGAUAUGAAAUUCUAUGUAAAAUGUUUUUAUUUAAUUUUCAUCCAUAUAUCUAGAAAUUUUUACUCUUAGCUCUGAACUUCGACCAUAGUUAUGGUUAGUGUAUUAAGCUUUAGAAUUUUUAUAGUAGUAAUACUACUAGUAGUAGUAAUGGUAAAUUGAUUUCAGGAUGAAUAUUACAUUUCUAGUCAAACAGUAGCUACAUUUGUUGUACAGUGUUAAAUAAAAUGUAUUAUAUUUGUUGAUUUGUCCAGGUGACAAAUUGUGUUUGAGUGUACAAGAUAACUGUUAGGAAUUAGUUGGAGGCAGAUAGGUUUCAUGUAUGUGUCCUUGUUAUAUCUUGGGAUUACGUGGACACUUGACCCACUAGAAAUGGAGGAAAGACAUAAUACAAGUUCAAUUAAAAUUGAAAUAUAAAACCAAUUAUUUGAGUUCUUUGGUUGUUAACUAUGUAACUGAUUAUCUGCUGGACAUUUACUUGAGGGAUGUUCAUUCAGAGUAACUUAUGUAGGUUACCAUGAAAAUCAUAAAAAUAAAUCAUAGCUCACCAAUUCUUAAAUCUGAAAUUUUAAUAUUUUCCUUUGUUUCAUGUGCAAUUUAAAUACGUUAUCAAUUUGUGAACAAUCUGAGUCAUGUUCAGGCUGUCUCAGUUGUAUCAACUCUUUCAUUUAAAUAUUUUAAUGAGUUUAAGUAAAUUAUUUCUAGUAUGUAAUAAACCAAUGUUACAAUUUUAAUAAAUUUUCCCUUAGAUGUUUAAUUUUUA